GCUCCCUCCCCGCUCUGGAUGCCCAUCGCGGCUGCUCGGGCCGGGGGCUGGCUGUGGCUCCCCGGCGGGGGGUGCGGGGCAGGAUGCCGGUGCUGGAGCGCUUCUUCCCCGCUGUAGAGCCGGGCAGGCGGAGGAGGACGGGGGAAGAGCCCAUGCCCUUUCCCAUGGGCAGCCUGCCCGGUUAUCAGCAGGGGACCCUGGCCUGGGACUUGCCCGAGAUGAUCAAGAUGGUAAAGCUCGUUUGGAAGUCCAAUGGGGAGCUCCGCGGGGCGAAGCACAGAGGGGGUUUGGAGAGCGAGGAUGCCCUGGGCGGUUCGGCAGGAGAUGCACGGGUGAGAGGUCAGACAGGGGUUCUCUCCGAGCGCCGUGGCUCCUACCCGUUUAUAGACUUCCGUCUUUUUAACAAUUCUACACUUUCAGGGGAAAUCGGCACCAAGAAAAAAGUUAAAAGACUGUUAAGUUUCCAGAGGUACUUCCAUGCAUCCCGGUUACUGCGUGGAAUUGUACCACAAGCCUCUCUGUACCUACUGGAUGAGGACUACCUUGGGCAAGCAAGGCAUAUGCUGUCCAAAGUGGGAAUGUGGGAUUUUGACAUUUUCUUGUUUGACCGCCUGACAAAUGGAAACAGUCUUGUAACACUGCUUUGUCACCUCUUCAAUGUGCAUGGACUUAUUCACCAUUUCCAGUUAGAUAUGGUUACAUUACACAGGUUUUUAGUUAUGGUUCAAGAAGAUUACCAUAGUCAAAACCCGUACCACAAUGCUGUCCAUGCUGCUGAUGUCACCCAAGCUAUGCACUGCUAUCUGAGGGAGCCCAAGCUUGCCAGCUUCCUCACCCCAUUGGACAUCAUGCUCGGACUGCUGGCUGCUGCAGCCCAUGACGUGGAUCACCCAGGGGUCAACCAACCCUUUCUGAUUAAAACUAAACACCACCUUGCCAGCCUGUACCAGAACGUUUCAGUGCUAGAAAAUCAUCACUGGCGGUCAACGAUAGGCAUGCUUCGAGAGUCACGGCUCCUCGCCCAUCUGCCCAAGGAGGUGACACAGGACAUCGAGCAGCAGUUGGGCUCCCUGAUCUUGGCAACAGACAUCAACAGGCAGAAUGAGUUUCUGAUCCGUCUGAAAUCUCACCUCGACAAUCAGGAUCUGAGGCUGGAGGAUGCUCAAGACAGACAUUUUAUGCUUCAGAUUGCGCUCAAGUGCGCUGACAUUUGCAACCCUUGCCGGCUCUGGGAUCUGAGCAAACAGUGGAGCGAACGGGUCUGCGAAGAGUUUUACCGGCAAGGUGACCUGGAACAAAAAUUUGAACUGGAAAUAAGCCCCCUUUGUAAUCAACAGAAGGAUACAAUACCAAGCAUACAGAUCGGGUUCAUGACAUACAUUGUAGAGCCACUCUUUGAAAGGUGGGCCCAGUUUACAGGCAAUACUCCCCUAUCUGAAAACAUGCUAAACCAUCUCAGGAGGAACAAGGCCAAGUGGAGGAGUUUGCUCCACAAGCAACACAGCAGUAGUAGGAGCAAUGACCACUCAGGUCAAGUGACUGGCAGCCAAGAACAGACUUUGAAUGAAGAAGAGACUCCUUAGUGGCAGCUUUGCACUUUUCUUCAUAGCACUGCUAUCUCCGUCUUGAUGACAGCAGCAAACAAAACCCGAGGGAGCUAGAAGCCUGUUGUCAAGACCAUGGAAAGGGAAGAAAUGGCAAAGCAGAAGCUGUAAGGGUCAUUGUGAACAAGCCCGCGGUUCUGCUGGGUUCACUUCUGGAUCUCCUUCACUUUCCUCUCCCCUCUCUUCAUUCUGUGCAUGCCUGAUGCCAUUCAUCACUUCUGAUCAUGAACUGCCUGAAUGCAGAGUCCCAGUCAGCAGUACUGAAGCCGGGCUGGUUAUGGCUGCCAUGAAGGAGGGAAGAUUCCUGAGAGAACAGGAGAACUAGAGGCACUCUUGGUUAUAUAGUCAUUUACCACGAGUCAUACUGUGACAUAUGUAUAUAGGCCCAGAGCACUGUACGCUUUCCAAGCUGGCAGCUGGGCUGCACAUUAAACCACCAGCAUCUUCAGCAUCCACAGGACACUGGCUGAGUGAGACAGCACUCACAGAGGGCAGAGAGAGUCUGGUUAUUUUAGUAAUUAAAACAAAAACCUUUUUAACUUUUGUAUUCUGUGCACUAAACAAGAUCUAUAAACCUUGGACUGAAGUUACUCUCCGUAUACACAACUCCAGUGCAACAAGGCUCAAUUUGGUAAUCAUUUUUAUGCCACUUUGGAUAAAAGACGGGCAUCUUCUCAUUGCAAGGAACAGUAUUCCCUCGCAACCAAAAGGGAAGGUGCUGUACAGUCUAAACCUUUGAAACACAAACAGAUCUAUCUUUUGAGUACUGUUUCAAGUAACAUGUUUAUAUUCAUACGUGUACAUUUUCUGUAAAUACAAAGCGCUACUGAUUCCCAUGCCAAAAUACUGGAGUACUGUGGGAUUGCUACCUGUAAAAACAUUGGCACUGUGAACAGAAUACUGUUAGUUUUAAUACAAGAGAAAGCAUUUGUAAAUAUGGUAUAGAGUUUAUUAAUAUACACCAUUGUUUGUGGAUAAAAGCCUUAACUUUUAGCAUACUUCAUCUUCUGAUAGCUGCCAAAAUCAUAUGAUCACAAAAUAUGAUUCUGAACUGCCUUUCCACUACCCAACGUGUAUCAAAGGUUAUUAAGGAAUGAAGUCUAGCAGGAUAACUUCUUGAAAACUUCAAAUACAUUCCAUAUGGGUCAGUGUUUUAAUCCAUGGCACCUUGCACAUUUGGCCUAGGCAAAAGCUUCACAGAGCCUGUAGUUUUAAGUUAAAAAACAGAACAAAACAAAACAAAAAACGACAAUACCACCACAUAAUUUAACAGUUUGACCUGAUGAUCAUUUAUUCAAGAGCUUGAUUUUUUAUUAAAUAGCUUAGUGAUCUACAAAGCAUGGCAGUCUAAUACUCCUGGAGUCCAAUUAUUUUCUUGAGAGAUGUUUCCCUACAUUCCCUCCUUAAGGUAGCCAGCAUCAAAAUGCAUUUGGAUUUUUCUUUUAAUUAAAAAAAAUACUUCAACUGACUUUUAGAUUAGUCUCAAUGAAGGAAAAAAAAUGUGUUGUCAUCUGAGUAUCAAGAAAAACCCUCUUAACAAUCAUAGCAGCUGAGGAAUUUUCUAUAGUCUUGUGCUUGUGAAAGAUCCAUGGCCUUAUCUAUGCCAUGAACAACCUCAGCUGGAAUAGUCUUUAUAAAACUUUACUUAAGCUUCCAUAAUUUCAAUGAGAUUGUAUUCUCAGACACUACUGCUUUCCACCAAAGCAAUUAUCCCCUUCUCCUCUGCCCCCAGAAAAAUUAAUUACAUCCAGGUAAAGAAUGGUGUUGUAAAGCCCCAGUACAUCAAACCUGCAUAGCUGUUUUCCAAAAAAAAA